AUGAAGACAGAAGGAGAUGUCGGCUUCGCGGUCAAGUGGACUAAGUUUUUAUUUCAGCUCAUGGUGUUUCUUUUACCGUUUGUGAGCUCUGCAUUCUGUGGGCAUUUAGGCAAAAUUGAGCUGGACUCUGUGACACUUGGUGUAGCUAUUAUAAAUGUGACAGGGUUAUCCGUGGCCUUUGGUAUGACUGCUGCAUGUGACACACUCAUAUCCCAGACAUACGGUAGUAAAAACCUGAAACGUGUGGGAACAAUACUGCAGAGAGGAAUUCUCAUCUCAAUGCUCUGUUGUUUUCCUUGUUGGGCUAUUUUCAUUAACACAGAGCAAAUACUGCUCCUCUGCAAACAGCAUCCGGAUAUAGCCAGGUUGACACACAAAUACGUAAUGACAUUUUUGCCUGCACUUCCAGCAACUUUUCUUCUGCAGCUACAAGCAAAAUAUUUACAGAAUCAGAAAAUAAUGUGGCCUCAGGUCUUCACUAGUAUAUUAGUAAAUGUGAUUAAUGCAGUGGCCAAUGCAAUUUUAAUUUAUGGUCUGAAGAUGGGAGUGGAGGGCUCAGCUUGUGCAAACACAAUAUCUCAGUGGGCAAUGGCCCUAUUUCUGUUUAUAUAUAUAAUAGUGAAAAAACUACACGUCCAAACAUGGGGAGGGUGGUCCAAAGACUGUCUUCAGGAAUGGGGUCCAUACAUGAGCUUGGCCAUACCAAGUAUGCUAAUGGUGUGUAGUGAGUGGUGGAGCAUGGAAAUUGGAGGGUUUUUGGCAGGACUUAUCAGUGUGGUAGAACUUGGAGGUCAAGCUGCAAUGAUGGAGCUGGUCACAUUGGCAAUUAUAUUUCCGAUAGGUUUGGGAGCAGCUGGAAGUGUCAGGGUAGGAAACGCAUUAGGAGCCGGAAAAGCAGAGGAAGCAAAGAAAUCCAGUAAAGUUGUGCUUUGUUUUGGAGUGAUAUCUGGGUUGACAGUUGGUUGUUUUUUAGCUGCACUGAAGAAUGUAAUUGGCUAUGUUUUUACAACAGAUAGGGAUAUUCUCUCCUUGGUUUCACAAAUCAUGCUCGUAUUUGCUCCAUUUCACAUAUGUGAUGCAACAAAUAUUUCCAGUGGAGGAGUAUUAAGAGGAUUAGGAAGGCAAAAAAUUGGAGCUAUUACCAAUGUAAUCGGCUACUAUCUUAUUGGUCUCCCACUUGGAAUUUCACAGAUGUUUCUGGUGAAACUUGGAAUCAUAGGCACUUCAGAAAAAGCCAUGACACUGGUGCCAAUGUCAAGACAUAUUUCUGCAGUGGUGUCAGAGAGUGAAGGUGAAUACAAGAACCGGGAUCGCUUACUAGAUUGUGUGGCAUCUGAGAGACUGGCCUGCACUUCUGGGAGCUCAUGA